AAAAUACCGCCACAAACGACGACAUGGACGAGGAAGAGCUACAUGGAUAUCCUCUCGAAGCCCACAACGCAGAACUAGUCAUAAAUGCGGAUAUCUUGGACGAGUUCUGGGAGCCGCAGAAGUUCGAGAAUGAUAAGAUGUCGCUGCAGACCCGUGUGUGGGACGCAUUCUCCCACCGAGCCGAAUUUGUGAGAUACGAGCCUAAACAGGGACGGGCUGUUCACCACUUCAACUGGAACGGCGACCCUGUCUACGAGCCCAGCGGCACAGAGCCAUGUAUCUCUCUGUUUUACCUUCUCUCGGCACCCAAGGUACUCCAUCCAAGGGACGAUCUGCGAAUUCAAGCCACCAUGUCACGAGCGACACAUUUUGUUGACCCGGUCCUUGUAUUCCUGGAGAGUGGCGUCGAUGAUCUUACACAAACAGGCUCGGAUCUGGUAAACUUUGCAGCUGGCCGCACCUUCAAGACAUACAGCCCUCAUGGAAAAUGGACAGAAGACGAGAAGGAAAGACAGGACGGCACCUUGAUGGACGACGGCGAAAUCGACUCAUAUUUCUCAAGCAGAUGCGUUGUUGGCAAUGGAUUCAUUCAACAGUGUCCGAUCCCGUCUAGAAAGCAACGCAGAGCCGACAUGCGACGACAAGAAGCAACCCGAUCUCAUAGGCGCACGAGCCUUGGAACGAUGACCUACCGGCCGUCACCCCUCCGGUACUCGAUCUCAGCUGAUGAAAUCGAAUCUCCACCUGUGGAAUCGGACAACGCUGAACAUUCUAUGUCUCUGGAUCCACCAUACAAACAAGACUUGACUUUAUGCCAAACCUUCCAGGGAGAGAACGAGGGCCUGCGCCCUGCUGGGAACGACACACAAAGACGGUUUUACUCUACUCAUGUCCCUUUGGACGAUACACAUAGUGACAAGCAAACCCAUAUCUGGAAGCAUUUAUACAGGAAGACGUGGAAUUACCUGGCCUCGUCUAAGGCAGGAGGCAGGGCUGCACCAAUCGAGUCUCAGGCUGCCAUGGUGAUAAUGCCGUCGGCCACAGUGCAGAAGCGGGCCUCAACAGCGCGGUUCUCUGUUUCCAGGAUCAAAACGUAUCUCCUCUCGGGGAUGAAAACGGCAGUCUGCCUCUUUUUCAAUUCUUGAUGUAGUUUGUAUAGAGUAAUAUCGG